AUGCGGAGACAAGCCAGUCAGUUAGUAAAGAAACUGUGGAGGAUUUUUCUAAAAUUACCGAACUCCGACCUCUUACAAAUUCAAAAGACUCAGAUAUUUCAUGCUGCUGCAAAAAUUGGCAAUGUUGAGUUCUUGAGUCUGCUUAGUCACUCAUAUCCUGAUCUUAUAUGGAACUUCGACUCAGAAAACAAUUCCAUAUUUCAUAUUGCUGUUAUUAACCGACAAGAGAAAGUCUUUAGUCUCAUCUACCACACAGGAGUUGGGAAGGAUGAUAUUACACUACUCACAGACAAUGAUAGAAACAACAUUUUGCAUUUGGUCGGAAAAAAAGCACCUCCAAGCAGACUCAAUAUUGUAUCUGGACCAGCUCUUCAAAUGCAGAGAGAGCUACAAUGGUUUAAGGUGAGAAAUCAACACGAUUAG